CUGCGGGUCACGUGUUCUGUCCAAAUCCCCUGGAACAGCCGGGGGGGGAGUCAGAGAUUGGGAGUCACAUCGCUCAGUUCACUUGCCCCAUGGACACAGGAACCAAGAAAACCCAUUAGACGUGGAAUCUACUGGGAACUGAACCCACAAACCAACCCUUCCCCCCUAUAGAUCCAGACUGGAACUUGGACUAAACACUGGAUCCCACGGGGCCUCCCUCAACCAACACCAGAACCUUCUCACCUGGGGGUUCAGGACAAUUCUGUAGCCACUCGUUGGCUGAAAUAUAAAUAUGGCUGAUUCCUGGGACUAUGUACAACGUGUGAGAUCCAGUGGCCCCGGCACAUUCCCAUUAUAACCCUGGGGCAGACCAGUGGCCUAGGAAUGGAUGGGGGAGCAAUACAGCCCUCCAGUAGGCGGAGCUUCGGCAAGGUGUCGCUGAUGGAGAUGAAAUGGACCCACCUGGGACUGGUGCUGCUCCUGUUGGUUUCCAUGACAAUGACCGGCUGCUUCAUCUGGCAAUACAAACUCCCCAAACAAGAGUCCGGUUCUUUGGUGAAAGAGGCAAUUGUGGAUGUGGUGCCAAUGUGCCCGCGUUACCCAGACCCGGUCCCUCUGGAGCACCCAAUACCCAUCCUGAAAGAGGCCCUGGAAAAGGUGGACAAAUACCUUCGCUAUAUAAUCCGAGAGCCGGGGCUGCCGGCAGUUUCAGCCAUUGUUACUUAUAACGACACGGUGCUGUGGACGGGGAACUUUGGGAAGAGGAACGGAUCGGACCCCACAUCAGCGGCACCCAAUGAGUACACUGUGUAUCGCAUUGCCAGUCUAUCCAAGCUCUUCCCGACCCUCAUGCUCUACAAACUGUGGGAAGAUGGAGUCGUUGCCUCUCUGGACGACCCCCUGGAGCGAUACGUCGCCAAUUUCUCCAUCAAGAACCCCCUGGGCCGAGCCCCUGAGCGCAGAUACUCAGCAGAUGGCAUGGAGCUGUCUGAGAAAGGGGCACCAACUGCAAGGCCGUCCCCUGUAACUCUGCGCAGGAUGGCAAGUCAGCUCUCAGGUCUGCCGAGGCGACUGAGAUCCACCAACCUCCUCUGGAAGGGGAGCACCCAGGAGGCGCUGGAGCUGCUCAAGGACGACGUGUUGGUGGCUGAUCCUGGCACAAAGUGCCACUAUAGCAACCUGGCAUUCUCCCUGCUGGCACACGUGUUGGCAGAACACUCGGCAGAAGGAAACUACCAGCGCUGGGUAACAGAGAACAUUCUGGACCGGGUGGGAAUGGAGGACACAGGAUUUGACAUCACGCCCCCCAUCUUGUCCCAAAUGGCAGUUGGUGUCUAUGGCAGCGGGCAAGUAGCGCCACUGUACGACCUGGGAUGGUACCGCCCCUCGGGUCAGAUGUUUUCCACAGCCGCAGACAUGGCAAAACUGGCGAUGGUGCUGCUGGGAACUUACCAUCGGCGCAUUCUGGAUGCCGACACCCUGAAGACCAUGCUGACGCCCCUCUUUAAAUGUGCCAGCAACUACUUUGCCAAUAAGACUGGCACCCCUUGGGAGGUCAAUGAGCAGUUUGGCUAUGACAUCAUCAGGAAGGAUGGGGAUUUGGAUGGAUAUUCUGCCACCUUCUCCUUGGUCCCAAAACUCCGUAUAAGUUUCAUUGUGCUGAUGGCUGGGCCAAGACCUCAAGAAGAAGAUCUUGUCUCCAAGACCUACAGUUACCUCAUCCCAGCCCUGGAAACGGCCUUCCGAGAGGCAGAGAAACAGCUGAAUCCAACCCCAAACCCCGUACCCUACGUUGGCUAUUACACCUACGCCAACCUCACCUUCUACCAGAUCAAGGCUGGGCCCAAGGGGGUUUUGGUGAUGCAGCAAUUUGGUCCUCACGUGGAGCAGCUCAUUCCAGAGCAUUACAGAACCAUCCAGCUCCAUUAUCUUGAGGAGCACAUCUUCCAGGUUGUCUUUGAGAAGGAGUAUCCGUGUGUCCUGCACUUGGGCUCCGCCUCUGUCUCUCUGGAAACCCAGGACCGGCAGCUCUUCCAUUUCUACUCUUUGGACUCUCAUGGUUUGUCUCCUGGUUUUGAUGCACCAGGACUGAACACAUAUAGUGUCAUGCGCAUUCACCACAAACCCAUCUUCUACACCUAGGAACCCCCAAACCUCAUGUUAUGGGGUGUCAGUGCUCAAGACCCAUUUAAUGCCUCAUAAACCUGCUGUGUGUUGGGUUUGGAAGCUAACUCUUGGAUCUUCUCAUGAGCUGCUAUGACCCGGGCAUCAGAACACUGGCACCUGUAUUUAUUGUGGGAGAUAAUUCGUCAUCCCCUAUUUGCCCUUUAGCAGCUUGGGGUUCUCUGGAUACACUAGAGUUGGUGGAUGUUAUCCAUGUAUUUGCCCUUAUGUAGCAGAACUGGGCAGUAGUGUUGCCUGUUGUACAAACCCCUCACCUAAUACUCAGGAAAGUGUUUGUGUAAAUGUGUGUGACAUCAGUGUUGGACUGGGACACCGGGGGCCCACCCAAAAACCUUUGACUAGGGGCCCACCAAUUAAUCUUAGACCAGGAGCCCACUCUUAGUAGUAUUAUUAUUCCUCUCCUCACUCAACCUCUUUUUGCCUAGUCUCUUUUCUUUACAUACUAUAAUCUAUUAUUCCAUCCAUUUAUCAUCUUUGUUUAGGGAAUGGGCAUUAAAUAGGCCACAUGUCUAGCAGCAUAAGGGCCCACUGACACCGUGGCCCACCGGGACUUUUCCAGGUAUCCCGGUGGGCCAGUCCGACACUGUGUGACAUUAUUCCCACCAUUGCUUUGUAUACAGUUGUACAAUUGCCACCAACCUUAGCUUAUGUGUUUAGUUUCCCUUUACUCAAAUGCCCAGAUGUGGGUGUGGGACUGGCUCCAUCUAUUGGGCUGAGAACUAUGUGUGGAGGGCACUGGGCAUCAUUUACCCACCAGGUGGCAACUUUAGAGCCAGGCAGUAUUGGGGGGCUGGGCAAGGAGUGUAUGUGGCACAUUAAUCACAGAAAUGUCUGACGCUGUCCCUGUUAUUCCGAGGAUAAAUCCCUAAUUCCUGAUCAUGCAGCCCCCCCCAGCACCGCUUCUGAUUGGACCCCCCCCCCUAGAUGUCUAUUAAAGGCUGAGCCUCUUUAGGAGAUUUGAUACUAAUCCCCCAGUUUGUGUCCUGAAUUUUUAUUUAAUUUAAUGCAAUACCCUGGGCAAAGCUGUGCUGCCAUCUGCUGGCCAACGCUGAGAUGUGCAACUGAGCUCACAGUCAUUCAGGGGUGUUGCCCCCUCUCCCCUCAAUAGGUGGGUCUUGUAUUUAACUCCCCUCACUAUUGAGUUCUUCUGUAUGGCAAUGGUUUACUUGUCCUUUAUUCUCUACUGAGAGACUUUAUGUGAGUGUAACAUUAAUAUGAAAUAUUAAAUGAAUAUUUUCGGCGCAUAAUGGGGCACAAGUUAACCCUUUGGUGGAAGCAGUAUGUUAAGACGACGAGUAACUAGUUAUAUACUGUGGCUGCUUAUGGAUGUGCAGUUUAUCUGCUCUCUCUGGGUCUGUAGGUCUGUCUGUGCCGUCCCAGUUCAAGUUGUGGCCCUCAGUCUGUACAUACUCAGGAUCUGUCUGUCUGUCUUUGGGCGUCUGUAGCCUUUCCAGACAUGGGGCCCGUCUGUAUUCUCUCCCCAGUGAUUGGUAGAUGGAGCAUUUGAUAUCUGACUCCUCUUUAUAUUUGUUUAUUGUUUGUGUUACUUGGCCUUUUGUCUGUCUGUCUGUCUGUCUAUUAUCUAUGUAUUAAUUUCCCACAGGUUUAAUACCCGUCAGUUCCCCUCACUGGAGACUGAGCAGUGACUUGUGUUGGUUCAUGAGUCGUGUGACAGCAGUUCAGCACUGCUCACUUUCCUUCUUUAUGACCCACUUUUGUUGCCGUUCAUUAUCUUUACGAUCGUUGGCACUAAUUGACCCCUGGACUGUUCCACCCUAGAAUUCCCCUGGCGCUGGAGAUAUUGCUGUGAGUUUCAGGCUGUGGAUAAGGCAACCGGUUGGUUCUGGCUGGGGGUUACGUUAUUCCGUGACACUCGCUGAUAUGGGGGGUCUGUGGGGGAGGGGUGAUGGUGAAUCACCAUUUGCAACACAGGCUACUCAGGCCCUGGAGCCUUGUUUACAUUCAUUUGUAUUAAAGCUUUUUGAAUCAUAUCCUGAGUCAGCCACUGACUAGA